UUGGUGAUGAGUUUCCAAUAGCAGAAAACUUCAAGAAAGUGGCACAACAAGGUACUAAGGCAGCGGGUUUUGCCUUUAGCAUUUCAUUAUCAAAAAUGUCAGGUGGUGAAAAAGAUGAAGAGUAUAAUGAACUCCUGUUGGUGGUCCAGAAAGUUGCCUAUGCUGAAGAAAUGAAUGAAGUUGAAAAAGCAUUUAAAGAAGUUAGUCAAGUGACAAUGAAAAGUAGAAACCCUGAAUAUAUUCAAAAUUAUCUUAAAGAAUGGAAAAAAGAUGCAGAUGAUAAUUAUGAUAUGAUCUUAAAAGAAAUUUCUUGGAAGAGUGGCCCUUUCACGUUUGAUUAUUGGAUGAAAAUGCUACAAAUAGGUGAUAUUAUAGCAAAUGCUUACAAAAGACCGUUAUACUUCUUCUUACUACAAAUCAGCCUUACCUUUCUUCAAUAUUACUAUCCAUUUAAUCAAAAUAAAGCACUUGCAAUCACUUUUGUUAAUCAAAAUCAUUAUGUAGCCAUGGUAUUGAAACCUGGUACACCUGCUCCUCCAAUUGUUAAUCAGUGGAUACAAUUCCCCACUUUAGCUGCAGUACGAUAG